GGAAGUCUGAGUUAUUGAAAAGAAAUUAGAGAGCAAGGCCCUGCAAUGCCAGAGUCUUCCUGCAAAAUCUGAAGAUUCAGUGGAAGAACCCAAAAUGGGAGUAGAUUGCUGUGUGUAUAUCUUGAGGGCAGAGGGAGAGAGAUGUUAAAAGGAAUUGUCAUCCAUCACUAUGAACAACAACAUCCUGUGAGUUCGUUUCCAACUUUCUUCAGAUAAGCUGUGCUCCGAGUUCUCCUGAGGAAGGCUGGUGUCCUUGGGCAAGCAUGGCCUUCCGUGGCUGGAGGUGGCUCCUCCUCCUGGGCAGGCAGAACACCCUAGCCAAGGUGUGGAGAAGCAGGAGGGGAGGCCCCUCUGUGUGCUGGCAGCGCUGCUGCCACUGGAGCUCGGGCAAGGCUCUGGCCCCCGAGGUGAGAGCGUUUCUGGAGGAGAACACUGAGGUCACCAACAGCGGGCACCUCACGCCAGAGAUCCGGCUGCGCCUGCUCACCCCCCGCUGCAGGUUCUGGAGAGAGAAACCUGACCUGUGGCCUUAUGGGGACCCAUUCUGGGCAAUUUACUGGCCAGGAGGCCAAGCCCUCUCCAGGUAUAUUUUAGAUAAUCCACGCGUGGUUAAAGGGCGAUCGGUUCUGGAUCUUGGAAGUGGAUGUGGAGCAACAGCCAUAGCUGCUGUGAUGAGUGGUGCAUCCCAAGUCCUUGCCAAUGACAUUGACCCCAUUGCAGGAAUGGCAAUGAUCUUGAACUGUGAACUGAACCACCUGGAUCCCUUCCCCAUCACCAUUAAGAACAUCAUUAAUUCAGAGGCUGGCAACUGGGACCUCAUAGUUCUAGGAGAUAUGUUUUAUGAUGAACAGCUUGCUGAUGGUCUGCAUCACUGGCUGCAGAAGUGCAUCAGGAUUCACCAGACUGAAGUGCUGAUUGGUGACCCUGGCAGGCAUCAGUUUUUAAGCCACAGCAUUCACAGCCAGCUGCACAAAGUUAUAGAAUAUUCACUGCCUGAGUCUACGAGACAAGAAAACUAUGGGCUAACAUCAAGUAUUGUCUGGAGUUAUCAGCCCUCAAACAGCUCAGAUGAUUCUUGAAGCUGCCUUUCUAUGGGAUUUUGUCUCACUUGAUUGGCUUUCUGCAGGUAUAUAACAUGAAAAUGGGAAUUAAACAGUAAAGCAGCUUUACUGUACCUUCACUGGAGUGAUUUCAAUCAUACUCACUGAGGCUUUUGCUCAAUUUGAUGUAAAAGCUACAUGCAAACUGUAUUCAAAGGGGCCUGCACUGAAGUGCAGAUCUACAGACAACUUACACGUAGGAGUUUGCAUGCUUGAUGUUUCCUAUGUGUAUUUGUGUCCUGCUGACAUUACUGUGAAAUGUUUUGGAUGUCCAACAUACUGCUGUGGGGAGAGGGCUGUGGCUGAAGGACUACUGCAUUGCUUCUACAGGUUUCUGCAGCUUAUUUAUAGAAAAUUUCUAAAUAUAGAAAAUUAUGGCUGUCCUCCAUAAAAUUCUCCACUAGAUUUUUAGCUCAUAAUAUGCUCAACUUGAAGUGCCUUGCUCUUUUUCUGGGUAUCUCUUCUGAAUGUCAAAGUAACUAAUUUAAAUCUCCCCCUUUCCCUCUAUAAUAAAAAUUUCCUCUUCCUUGAAACUGACAGAGUGAUUAUGUAGGAGUUGCACCCAAAUUUAAACUCUGCUUCUUGACUGCCAGCCAGUGUAAAAGCUGUAAUAAAUGGAAAGUGAAUAAAUAGUACCAGCUAUGGGGUACCUUCAUUCCCUUGAGAGUAGGGUCAAAUGAUCUACCUUCCCUACACUACCCUUUGCAAGGGUAAACCAGGUAAUUUGUCACCUUGGGAAGCUGCUGAGGGAUGAAGAAGUCUUUACUUCUCUGACAAACAGAGGGCAAUGAAAUAAAAACAGGGAAUGCAAGUCUGAUAGAAUUAUUUUGCUCUUCUCCUGAGGAGAUGCUGGACAAACUCCAGAAUCAUUCUCAGUUUUAUCUGCCAACUAAGAACCAGUUUCAUCGGCCAAACAUGGUACAAAAAAAAAAACCUGAUCCUCAGGUAAGAUGCUCUAACUGUGGCCAUUUGAAGAAAAAAACAAUCUUUUCAGAGCAGUCUUAGAGGAAGUGUCAACUUGAGCAGUCAGUCAUUGAACAAGCAGUGAUAGGGAGCUAUAACUGCACCAUAGCCCACUGUGCAGUGGUGCCAGGUGCUGUAGUGAAAGCUUACAAAUGUGCAAUAGUGUGUGGUACUCACUCAGAAAACCAUGCCAUUCAUGAAGUAGGAGGUUUAGGAGCUUAGUCAGACAUACAUGGUUCUAUAAUCCAGCAAGUUUUCAGAACUAUCCAAACAGCCAACUUCUGAGCUUUAAUCUUCAUAACAAUAUGUGAAUAUUCUGCAAGGCUCACAAGAAUAACAAUGUCCAAACAAUAGAGAAUAUGAAGUGGCAAGCACAGCCAUGAGGUUCUUCUCCCACUUCACCCAGUACUUGUAAACAUUUGUUGAAAAUUACUGUGAACCAAAAAACAUUCCAGUAGUGUUAUGCAAAUACUAAAAAUAUAAGCUCUAAUGGUGAAGGAUUUAAAGUAACUUUAAAAAUAAACCUAAAAUUACAGUGUUACCUCAUUGCAGUGUUGAACAGCUUUUUAAGCACCAGGUGAGGAUAUACCACUAAGUUACACACUGAGAAGAGGCUGUAGGGGAAGAUGGUAAAUCUACAGGCACACUUAAAGACAGUAUAAGCUGCAAUUGCCUUCAACAAGUGACAAAUCCAAGGUUAUAUUAGCAAGGAGAAAAAGGACAACUUUGCCACUGAGGUUAGCAGUAGAAUUGUUUCACAGAGCUGCCUAAACAGCUGUAUGAUUCACUAUCAAAAAUAGUGCAACACAGAUUUAUUGUCCAAGAGUUCCAAGGAAUGAUGGGUCCUGAUUGAUCCCAGGGAUUCCACAGGGCAUAACAAUAAACUACUCCUCAGAAAAAAAAAAUUAAAAAAAUAAAUAAAACCUGGUAGAUUUGGUUAUUAGGCCUCUAUCUGGUGCAAGGAUUUGCUGCAGUGACAGCUGCCAGAUGCUUGUGGCUGUUGUAGCAAAAUCAACUCCUUCUACCAAUGGUUUGUACUGGUGCAGUUACACCCACAGGGAUCACAGGAAAAUAUUCAUUACUGGGCUGAGCCAUGCAACAAGAGUAAGGGAUUUAGGUGCUGGUCCUGGAAAAAUAUGCUUUUACUGACACCUGAACAAC